GAAUGUUUACGGAGAUCUGAAGGCACGCAGUGCCCACACUACGUAGCCUGUGUACAAAGCUGCUUCUGGAGAAGUCUUUGGAUGUAGCGAUCGACAAGAUGCUGUACAAGUCCUCCAACGGGUAACGGGUGCCUCUCGGAACGGAGCAGGGUCGCUAUGACAUAAGCAGUGUGGAGCAGCUUGUGAAACCAGUUUGUGGAGCCCGAUACCGGUGUGUGAGUGUUCUCUUCGGAUGCUGCGCCGAGGUCCAUUCGUCCUCCAAGAUUACGGGCUAAGAGACACAGGGGUCGAAGUGCUUCUCUGAAGGAGUGUGUUGUUCGGACUGUGGACCCACGGAGCAGAUCGGAGCAUCUUAUGGGGACCCGUUCACACUCACUGGCUGCUGAAACCAAACGAGUUGUUCCUGGAUCGCCUUCGACUCCACCGGGCUUACAUCACCGACCGUAAAAGAGAGAGAGACAGGACAGAUCCGGUUCCGGAUAAACGGCUCGCGCUGUGACCAUGGCAACCGUGAUGAGAAUACCCACGCUCAGCGGGGUCGCCAUGGCGAUGGUGAUGCUCUCGGCCGGCCUGGCCUCAGUGUCGGGCCUGGAGCCGGAGACGUGCUUCUCGCGGCAGCACCGGCAGGCCACCGUCAACGUGCGCCUGGCCUCCAGCCGGCCCGGGACCGUCAUCGAUUCCCGCAUCGUCAAUUCGGAGCGCGACUGCAUCCUGGCUUGUUGCUCAGAGGAAGUGGCGCCAGGAGCCAAGUGCAACAUGGCCGUGUUUAAGGCCAAGAAGCCGGCCGCCUCUGACAACUGCCUCCUGUUCCACUGCGACACGGAGCAGGACUGCCCCCUCAUGAUGGCCGGCGACGGAGUCAACACCUACGAUAUAUUCAAGGGUAACCGCGGCAACGUUCAUGGUCCUUCGUCUCCCUCUCUGUAG